AACUCUGAAGUCGUGCAUUCUUAUCUCACACGUUCCAAGGUAAAGAAAGGAUCGUUGACAAGAACUAAAGAUCUCCGAGAAGAUAAUGGAAGAUCCACUUUUAUUGGAAGACGAUCAGAUAAUCACCGGAAGUCUUAAGCCGACGCCGACAUGGAGAAUGAAUUUCACGGCGGAGCUAAAGAACGUCAGCCGCAUGGCGUUGCCUAUGGCCACCGUGACCGUUGCUCAAUAUCUAUUGCCCGUUAUCUCAGUCAUGGUCGCCGGCCACCGCAGCGAACUCCAGCUCUCCGGCGUCGCUCUUGCCACUUCUUUUGCAAACGUCUCUGGCUUCAGCCUCAUGUUUGGUUUAGUGGGUGCACUUGAAACUCUAUGUGGCCAAGCUUAUGGAGCAAAACAAUACGCGAAAAUCGGAACUUACACUUACUCUGCAAUAGUCUCAAACAUACCUAUAGUUGUUCUCAUAUCGAUUCUCUGGUUUUAUAUGGACAAACUCUUGAUUUCAAUCGGACAAGAUCCUGACAUCUCCAAGGUAGCUGGUUCCUACGCGGUUUGUCUUAUACCUGCAUUGUUAGCUCAAGCGGUGCAACAACCUUUGAAUCGGUUUCUCCAGACUCAGGGCUUGGUUCUUCCUCUUCUCUACUGUGCCAUCACCACACUUUUGUUCCAUAUAUUCGUUUGUUUGGUUCUGGUUUACGCGUUUGGUCUUGGAAGCAAUGGAGCCGCAUUGGCUAUUGGUUUGUCUUACUGGUUUAAUGUCUUGAUUCUUGCUUUAUAUGUGAGAUUUUCAAGCGCUUGCGAAAAGACUCGGGGCUUUGUAUCCGAUGAUUUCGUGUUGAGUGUCAAGCAGUUUUUUCAGUAUGGGAUACCAUCAGCAGCAAUGACUACCAUUGAAUGGUCGUUGUUUGAGCUCCUUAUAUUAUCCUCAGGACUCCUCCCAAACCCGAAACUCGAGACCUCUGUUCUUUCCAUUUGUCUUACAACAUCAUCUCUCCACUAUGUCAUUCCAAUGGGUAUCGGGGCGGCUGGAAGCGUACGGGUUUCAAACGAAUUGGGAGCGGGGAAUCCGGAGGUUGCAAGGCUGGCAGUGCUUACCGGUAUUUUCCUUUGGUUCCUAGAGGCUACCAUUUGUAGCACACUUCUCUUCAUUUGCAGAAAUAUCUUCGGGUAUGCCUUCAGCAACAGCAAAGAAGUUGUGGACUAUGUCACAGAGCUAUCUCCUUUGCUUUGUAUCUCAUUUAUGGUUGAUGGAUUUUCGGCAGUGCUUGGUGGGGUUGCUAGGGGAAGUGGAUGGCAACAUAUUGGAGCUUGGGCAAAUGUGGUGGCUUACUAUCUCCUAGGAGCUCCGGUUGGACUUUUCUUAGGAUUUUGGUGUCACAUGAACGGUAAAGGGCUAUGGAUCGGUGUAGUGGUUGGGUCUACGGCGCAAGGAAUCAUACUAGCUAUAGUCACUGCUUGCAUGAGUUGGAACGAGCAGGCUGCCAAGGCAAGAAAGAGAAUAGUUGUACGAACUUCUUCAUUUGGCAAUGGACUAGCUUAAAAGGUUCUUUAUUUCCAUUUUUGAGACAAGUCACAGGAGAUUUUGUUUUCUUCAAUGUUGUUAUAAUCAUCGUUAGAGAAUUUUAAACUUAACUGGUAUCUUGUAUGAUUGUAUCCGUUUUCCCUAUCUAAAGAUUAAGGGUCUGAUUUGAAAGUCAUGUUAGAGUAAUUUUAAGAGAGAGAUAAAAGUGGUUCUUAGUUCAAUUACUCUGUUUUUCUUUCAAUCAAGUGAAAAAGAGAACAAAAAAUAAUUACAGAUU